AUGAAGAAAUCACAAGUGUUUCAUGCUGCAGAAAACCCCCAUAUACGGUACAAUCCGCUGAAAGAUGAAUGGGUACUCGUCUCCCCUCACCGAUGUCUCCGACCCUGGAGCGGACAGACCGAGCCACCACCAGAGGAGCAGGCUCCGGAUCCCAACAAUCCAUUAAAAGCUGGAACUGUCAGGGCUAAUGGACAGCGAAAUCCAAACUACACGUCUACCUACGUGUUCCCCAAUGACUUCCCAGCCUUGUUGGAGCGUGGACCAGCUCCUCCGCAGUCAGACCAUCCUCUGUUUCAGGCUGAAGAAGCCAGAGGCACUUGCAGGGUUAUGUGCUUCCAUCCAAACUCUACAGUAUCAAUUCCGUUGAUGACAGAAGAUGAAAUACUCUCCGUGGUUGAAGAAUGGGUGAACCAGACUAAGGAGCUCGGUAGAAAAUACUCCUGGGUUCAAAUCUUCGAGAACAAAGGCAGUAUAAUGGGAAGUUCUAACCCACAUCCUCAUUGCCAAAUAUGGGCGUCAAGUUUUCUACCAAAUGAGGGUAGAAUUAAAGAGAGGUGCCAAAUGGAGUACUAUACCAAAUAUGGUAAAGUGUUAUUAGCUGAAUAUCUGCAGAUGGAGAUGGAGAAGAAGGAACGUAUCGUGAUACAGAAUUCCGAAUGGGUCGCAUUAGUGCCUUAUUGGGCCGAGUGGCCAUUCGAAACCAUGUUACUACCGAUAAAGGGUAGUCCACAACGCAUCACGGAUCUUAACGACGAUCAAAAAAGAGGGUUGGCAGUGAUAAUGAAACAAUUGACUACGAAGUAUGACAAUUUAUUCAACUGCAGUUUCCCGUACAGCAUGGGCUUUCAUGGUGCACCAACAGGCCCAAAUAAAUCUGUGGGAGAUUCUCCCCAUUGGUUGUUUCACGCUUUGUAUUUACCACCAUUGCUGAGGUCAGCCAGUGUCAAGAAAUUUAUGGUCGGUUACGAAUUACUAGCGCAACCUCAGCGGGACUUAACACCAGAGCAAGCCGCUGAGAAAUUAAAAGAUUGUGACCAUUUGACUCAUUAUAAAAAUAAAGAAUAA